CUCACACAGCACUGCAGCUGCAGCACCAAGCGCACAGACAGCUCCUCCUGACGGAAUGUUGCAUGGAGGAUUCAACCCAAUCCAUCCGUUUUAUUCCAGCUAGUGUGACGGGCAGGAUUCCAGCUGCUGAUCCUGAUUUAUUUUUGAAAAUGGAUGAAAACGUCAAGUCCCUGAAAAAGAUAGACACAGGAAUGGGAGACAUGUAAAUAGAAGAAAACGAGGAUGGCAAAAAUUGACACAAAGACAAAGUGUAAAUUGAAAAACAGUUGAUGAGCUUAUGCCAAAGGAAAAAUAUAGUUUUAUGUGGCGCAAGAACAAUUAAAGUGAAAAAUGUCAAAGAAAAACCGAGCUAAAGGAGAGAAGUGUGAAGUUGAAAUUGAAGCUUUUCAGGCAGCCAACGAAGAGCUUCGCGCUAAACUGACGCAUAUCCAGAUAGACUAUCAGCAGGAGAAACAUAAGGUGGGGAAGCUUAGAGAAAAAAUCCAAGAUGUCAAACAGGAACGGGAACAGGAGCAGCACAGACACACUGCCUAUAUUUCUGAACUAAAAGCCAAACUACAUGAGGAGAAAAUGAAGGAGCUUCAAGCUCUGCGUGAAACGCUAAUACGGCAGCAUGAACUGGACACAGCUCGAGUCAUCAAAAUUAAGGACAGCGAACUCCAACGUUUACAAUCUACACUUAAUGUGUUACGGGAUGGGGCAGCAGACAAAGUGAAGACAGCGCUACUAAACGAAGCUAGAGAAGAGGCCAAGAAAUCGUUUGACAGUGAACGUCUUAAAUUACAGCAAGAAAUAUUGGAAUUAAAGACUAGCAAAAAACAAAUGGAGGAAACCUUAAACAAUAUAAUGCAAGCGGAUAAAAUGAAAGCAUCUGACCUACGCAUUGCUUACCAGUCGCAUCAGGAGGAGAUUAACAGGAUAAAACGGGAAAGUGAGAGGGAUAUCCGGAGGCUGAUGGAUGAAAUUAAAUCGAAAGAACGAGUGAUCUUGGCUUUAGAAAAGGAACUUGGUGUACAAGCCGGGCAAACACAAAAGCUGCUGCUUCAGAAAGAAGCGUUGGAUGAACAGCUUGUGCACGCAAAGGAGGCCGAACGCUAUCACAGCAGCCCAAAGAAAGAACUUCCAACUGGUGUAGCAGAUAUCUCAGAGCUCAUGGGAAAUGGGGAACAACAUGUGGAAGAGCGAGAUCAGAGAAGAUUUCAACUAAAAAUUGCUGAACUUAAUGCAGUGAUAAGGAAGUUGGAAGACAGGAAUACACUGUUGUCUGAUGAAAGGAAUGAACUGUUAAAACGUGUUCGAGAAACUGAAAGCCAGCUUAAACCCCUAGUCGAGAAGAAUAAUAGGUUAUCCAAAAAGAAUGAGGAUACGCUGCAAACCAUACAGAGGAUGGAAGAAAAAAUAAAAACACUUUCAAGGGAGAGUGCUGAAAUGAAAGAAAAAGGGUCCAAUCAGAAUUCUUUGAAGCAUCAUGCGUCUCUGAAUGAUCUCAGCACUGCACAAGAACAAGAAAUAGAGUUCCUGAGACUGCAAGUCAUGGAGCAGCAGCAAAUCAUUGAUGAUAUUACUGUGGAGAAAGAGAGAAUAGUGCGCUGCAGAAAAUCAAAGAGGAGAAGUUUGAAGCAUCCAAAGAGGCAUGUUGUGGAGACGUUUUUUGGAUUUGAUGAAGAAUCUGUAGAUUCUGAAACAUCUUCAAUCACCUCAUACACAACAGAUAAGACGGACAGGACGCCAGCCACACCUGAAGAAGACAUAGAAGAUAUUACUCCUAAAGAGGAAUCGGACUUGAGGUUUCGUCAGCUGACGCGGGAGUAUCAAGCGCUGCAGAGAGCAUAUGCGCUGCUUCAGGAACAAGUGGGAGGAACACUGGAUGCAGAAAGAGAAGCGAAAACACGAGAACAACUGCAAACAGAUUUAUUCAGGUGUCAGGCAAAAAUUGAAGACCUGGAAAACUCUAUGAGUGAGAGAGGACAGGAUUCAAGAUGGAUAGAAGAAAAGCAGCAACUUCUCCACAAAAAUCAGGAUUUGUUAGAAAAGAUUUACAGAUACGAACUGGAAGAACACCAGCUGAAAAAUGAAAUCCAAGACACAAGAGACCAGAACGAGCUGUUAGAAUUCAGAGUAUUAGAACUUGAAGAGAGAGAACGAAGGUCUCCAGCUUUUAACCUCCAUAUAGCCAGCUUUCCUGAAAAUAAUGGAAGUGCCCUACAACUUUUCUGUCACCAUGAAGGAAUUAAGGAUGUGGAUAUUUCAGAACUCAUGAAGAAGUUAGAUAUCCUUGGGGAUAAUGGGAAUCUGAGAAAUGAAGAGCAGGUUGCGGUUAUUCAAGCUGGAACAGUUCUAUCGCUUUGUGAAAAGUGGUUAAAACAAAUUGAGGUAACAGAAGCUGCCCUGACACAGAAAAUGAUUGACUUGGAAAAUGAGAAGGAACUUUUCAGCAAACAAAAAGGCUAUCUGGAAGAGGAGCUGGACUAUAGGAAGCAAGCACUUGAUCAAGCACACAUGAAAAUCCAGGAGCUGGAAGCUACUCUCUAUAAUGCUCUACAACACGAGUCAGGAAGGAGAGCCAGUGAAUGUUUGAGUGAAGCACAGAGAGAAGAUUUGCGGGCGGCUGUGGAUAAACUCAGAAGGCAGAUCCUGAGGCAGAGUCGGGAGUUUGACAGCCAGAUCCUUCAUGAACGGAUGGAGCUAUUGCAUCAGGCACAACAGCGAAUCCGUGAGCUUGAAGACAAAAUAGAACUUCAAAAACGACAACUCAAGGAAAUAGAAGAAAAGUUUUUGUUCCUUUUUUUGUUUUUCUCACUAGCAUUCAUUCUGUGGCCUUGAUGAUCAUUUCCAGCAGAUGAGAAUGGGUUUGAAAAGAGCACAUGGGAUGUUCAUUUGAUUCUUCUGCAACUGCCAAAAAUGGACACACAAAUAUUUUUUAACUCAUUGGACUGGUGGGAAAUUCCAGACAACUUAUAUUUUGAGUUUUGUAACAAUUUAGUUUUUAACUGGACUAAAUUUGUUGUACAGAAAUCAACCUUCUCUUAAAGGAUUCUAAUAAAAUGUAUUAAAAGAUAGAAAAUAAAAUAUUAAAUGUC